CCACUCCUGCCUCCAGUCUUGGCUGACAGCAGUCCAACCUCAGCAGGCAGGGAGGACGCAGGUUUGUGUUACAGCCCUGGCAGCCUCACCUUGGGCAGGCUGUUGAUGUCAGAGUGAUGAUGUGGGCAGGGACAGCCCCUGCACUAUAAAGAUGGCUCAAUCAAAUAUAACGGAGGCUGCCCAGCGGGAAGCAGGAUCUACAAACCAUGGUCCCCACCAGUUGGAGUCCUGCUGGCCUGUCUCUGCUCCCAACCCAACUGCUAUCAGGCUUUAGUUUCAGGUCAGCAAGCUCUAUUUGCUUUCCAAAAAUAAGCCUCUGCCACCAUGCUGAAGGGAGAAAACCAAGAAGGGCGGUAUUUUUAGGGCCAUUAAUUCUGACCACGUGCCCAGGAGGUGAACCGGAUGGCCACGGCACAAAGACAUUUCAUCACUAUGUCCUGCGACGCCAGCGCUCACCGGACGUUGCCUGCGUUCCUUCUCCUGGGUUUGCUAGCCGGGAUUGCUGCCACACACCCAGUUGUAAGCAGAACUAAUGGCACAUUGCUGGAGAGAGGAUGGCAAUCUCUGCUGUCCAGGUCCAUGGCUGGGAUGUCAGGGGAGAAGGCAGAUGUGAACUGGGAGAGUGACUAUUUGCUAGGAAUCAAGAGGCAGCGGAGGCUUUACUGCAACGUGGGCAUCGGGUUUCACCUUCAAAUCCUCCCAGACGGAAGGAUAAGCGGAGUUCACAAUGAAAACCAAUACAGUCUCUUUGAAAUAUCCACUGUAGAAAGAGGAGUUGUAAGUCUGCUUGGUGUGAAAAGUGCUCUCUUCAUUGCAAUGAACAGCAAAGGCAGGUUGUAUGGGACGGCUGUUUUCCAUGAUGAGUGCAAGUUCAAGGAAACCUUGCUGCCCAAUAACUACAACGCAUAUGAAUCCAACCUUUACCACGGCGCUUACAUAGCCCUGAGCAAACACGGCAGGGUGAAGAGAGGGAACAAGGUUUCUCCUGCCAUGACAGUGACCCACUUUUUACCAAGAAUAUGAGCACCAGCAAAACAGAAGAUUAAAUCCCAGGACAAACUGUUUCAUUUUGCACAUGGGGAAUAACCUCCCAGGUAAAGUAUUUAUACUGGUCAUUGAAAAAAAAAUAUAUCUCUCUAUGUAUGUAUAUUUGGAUAAAAAUAUUUGUACUAGAUUCAUCACAUAGCAUAGGUAAUACAA